GGUACCCCUAGAGCUCGAAGCCAAAACUAAAAAAAUUGUAACUUAUACAUUACUGACAAGUCUUUUUGACAUGAAACUUUUAUAGAGUGGUUUACAUGCAAAUAGAAACUUCCAUGUCAAAUUUGGGAAUUUUUUUGAUGAAUUUAAAAUUUGGCCAAAAAAUGUGAUCGUACCCCUAGAGCUCGAGGCCAAAAGUAAAAAAAUUAUAAUUUAUUCAUUACUCACAAGUCUUUUUGACAUGAAACUUUUACAAAGGAUUUUACAUGCAAAUAGAAAUUUCCAUGACAAAUUUUGGAAAUUUUUUGAUGAAUUUAAAAUUUGGCCAAAAAAUGUGACGGUACCUCUAGAGCUCGAGGCCAAAACUAAAAAAAAUAUAAUUUCUACAUUACUCACAAGUCUUUUUGACAUGAAACUUUUACAGAGGAUUUUACAUGCAAAUAGAAAUUUCCAUGUCAAAUUUGGGAAAUUUUUUGAUGAAUUUUGAAUUUGGCCAAAAAAUGUGAUGGUACCUUUAGAGCUCGAGGCCAAAAGUAAAAAAAUUAUAAUUUAUACAUUACUCACAAGUCUUUUUGACAUGAAACUUUUACAUAGGCUUUUACAUGCAAAUAUAAAUUUCCAAGUCAAAUUUGGGAAAUUUUUUGAUGAAUUUAAAAUUUGGCUAAAAAAUGUGAUGGUACCCCUAGAGCUCGAGGCCAAAACUAAAUAAAUUAUAAUUCAUACAUUACUGACAAGUCUUUUUGACAUGAAACUUUAACAGAGGAUUUUACAUGCAAAUAGAAAUUUCCAUGUCAAAUUUGGGAAAUUUUUUAAUGAAUUUAAAAUUUGGCCAAAAAAUGUGAUGGUACCCUACAGUUCGAGGCCAAAACUAAAAAAUUAUAAUUUAUACAUUGCUAACAAGUCUUUUUGACAUGAAACUUUUGCAGAGGAUUUUACAUGCAAAUAGAAAUUUCCAUGUCAAAUUUGGGAAAUUUUUUGAUUAAUUUAAAAUUUGGCCAAAAAAUGUAAUGGUACCCCUAGAUCUCAAAGCCAAAACUAAAAAAUUGUAAUUUAUACAUUACUGACAAGUCUUUUUCACAUGAAACUUUUACAGAGGAUUUUAUAUUCAAAUAGAAACUUCCAUGUCAAAUUUGGGAAAUUUUUGGAUGAAUUUAAAAUUUGGCAAAAAAAAUGUGAUGGAAGCUCUAGAGAUCGAGGCCAAAACUAAAAAAAUUAUAAUUUAUACAUUACUGACAAGUCUUUUUGACAUGAAACUAUUACAGAGGGCUUUACAUGCAAAUAGAAAUAACCAUGUAGAAUUUGGGAAAUUUUUUGAUGAAUUUAAAAUUUGGCCAAAAAAUGUGAUGGACCCUCUAGAGAUCGAGGCCAAAACUAAAUAAAUUAUAAUUUAUACAUUACUGACAAGUCUUUUUGACAUGAAACUUUUACACACGAUUUUACAUGCAAAUAGAAAUUUCCAUGUAAAAUUUGAGAAAUUUUUUGAUGAAUUUAGAUUUUGGCCAAAAAAUGUGAUGGUACCCCUAGAGCACGAGGCCAAAACUAAAAAAAUUAUAAUUUAUACAUUACUGACAAGUCUUUUUGACAUGAAACUUUUAUAGAGGAUUUUAAAUGCAAAAAUAUAAAUUUCCAUGUCAAAUUUGGGAAUUUUUUGAUGAAUUUAAAAUUUGGCCAAAAAUGUGAUGGUACCCCUAGAGCUCGAGGCCAAAACUAAAAAAAUAAAAAUUUGUAUAGUGCUGACAAGUCUUUUUCACAUGAAAGUUUUACAGAGGAUUUUACAUGCAAAUAGAAAUUUCUAUGUCAAAUUUGGGAAAUUUUUUGAUGAAUUUAAAAUUUGGCCAAAAAAUGUGAUGAUACCCCUACAGCUCGAGGCCAAAACUAAAAAAAUUAUAAUUUAUACAUUACUGACAAGUCUUUUUGACAUGAAACUAUUACAGAGGAUUUUACAUGCAAAUAGAAAUAACCAUGUAGAAUUUGGGAAAUUUUUUGAUGAAUUUAGAUUUUGGACAAAAAAUGUGAUGGUACCCCUAGAGCAAGAGGCCAAAACUAAAAAAAUUACUUCCUCCGUCCUAUAAUUAAUUUCCCAGUUUGACUUUUGUAGUCAAACUUUUUGAACUUUGACCGUAUAUU